GAAUCAGAAGCAACGCAUCGAUCUUACAAUCUCUCCGGUACAAUGAGAUACCUCAUCUUUAUCACCGUAUGUGUCCUUUCGUCCUCUUCCGUUCUCGCCGAAGAGAUGUACACCACGAAAUUCGACAAUGUAGACGUGGAUGCGAUAUUAAGCAACGACAGGCUGUUAAACGGAUACGUGGGUUGCCUGCUUGAUAAGAAUCCUUGCACCCCAGACGCAGCGGAACUCAAAAAGAAUCUACCGGAUGCGUUGGAGCACGAUUGCGCCGGUUGUAGUGAGGCGCAAAAGAACAUGGCCGAUAAGAUCUCUCAUCAUCUAAUCGACAAUAAACCGGACGACUGGAAAUUAUUGGAGGACAAAUAUGAUCCUACUGGAGCAUAUCGACGGCGUUAUUUGGAGAACAAAUCCGGGGACGGAGGCAGACUCGAUUAAUAUCAUUCGCCGUAAGGAUCAUAAUGACCAACUCUAAUUCGACCUUGGCUCUAUCCUCCGGACUUGAUUGCUUGCCUUGUAAUCCUUGUCAUAUGCGCUAGUUUCACUUUACGUAAUGAUUGCGUAAUGGAAAACCCUAUUGCAUUCCAUCAUCUUUCGAAGCAUGGAAGUUUCCAUGUAUAUAUUAAGACGGGAUAUUAAAAAAAACAAUAAAAUAUAAACUCUUGUUUCACAUUUUUGCACUAACGCGCAAUUUCUUUUCUUUUGCUAUAAAUUUGAUAAUCUCUGAAUCUUAAAUGAAUACGUGCUUGCAAUCGAAUAUUUAUUAAAUGUGAUUUACUUAGACAUUUAAAAAUAAAUAUUUCAUUUAACAUAAUGAGUUAAUAUUCUUGAAUUAGCAACGAAUUGUUUGCGAGUCUUUUUGCUCAUGUCGGUAAACAAUAUGUGCAAUAAGAAUUGUUUGAUUAAUAAUGUAUGUGUAAAAAUAUUUACCAGAAUGUAUUUUAUUUUUAUUUCAAUUUUAAAAUACAAAGACAAGGAUUUACUCUAACUAUCCAUAAAAAUGAUUUAAUUAAAAAUAUCGUGGUAUUAGAGUAUUGCAAUUAGAAUUUUGCAACUAGAAUUACAAUAAUUUGCACAAAAAGAGAAAUAAUAAACAAUGCUCAGAGAGAGAGAGAGAGAGAG